AUGGUACAACAAUCUAGUGCUAAGAGUAUGGUGUCGGUUCCGAAAACCAAGAAAGUCAUGCAUGUGUUUUUGGCCACUGCAAUAAUAUUAGUUAGGGAUAACCAUGGUGUAUAUUGUAAGUGUCGAGCUGUUAUGGAUAGUGGCUCCCAAGUGAAUUUCGUUUCCAAAAGAUUGGCAAAGCGGCUUCAACUACCAUCGAAGAGGAUGAUGCUACCGAUAAGCGGCAUUGGCUCCAGUACAACUCAAUCUACUAGCAGCAUAGAUAUCCACAUGAAAUCUUGCGUUAAAAGCUUUGGUGCUCACAUCAAUUGUUAUAUAUUGCCAGUGAUUGUUGAGGAGCUACUUUCAGUAAAAACAUCCAAAGAAGGAUGGCAAAUUCCAAAGCAAUUUACAUCAUUACUGGCCGAUCUUUCGUUCUGCGAAGCAGGACCGAUCAAUCUAUUGAUUGGAUGCGGCAUUUUCUUUGAAUUAAUGGAAGCGAAUCGUAUGCAAUUGCCGUUAAGAACGCUGUGGUUACAAGAAAGUAAGUUGGGUUGGAUUUUUACUGGUGGAAUUUAUUCCACAUGCUUACUUAGUGUCGGUGAGGUAUUAGAAGAUAAUUUGAGAAAGCAGGGAUGGUUAGAAGUAGAGGACUAUGGCAGAAUGUCCAAAAACAAUCAGAAGUGUCUUGAAGAGCAACAAGCGUUGGCGUAUUUUCAAGCUACCGCUACGCGCAGUAUUGAAGGACGAUUUGUAUUACGAUUACCAUUCAAACCAGGCGCUGCAGACUUAGGAGACACGAUGACAAUGGCCAGAUGUAGGUUUUUAAGCGUGGAACGAAAAUUACAGCGGGGCGAUAACUUAAGAGAGGCGUAUGUACAAUUCAUGAAUGAAUAUUUGGAAAUGGGACACAUGGAAAAGAUAGACGAGCUGGAAAGUCCUUCCCAAGUUUGUUAUCUGCCCCAUCAUCCCGUGAUUAAGACAUCCAGCGCAACUACCAAGGUACGAGUGGUAUUCGAUGCUUCGGCAAAGGGGUCCAACGGCAAGUCACUUAAUGUUGUAUUGAUGCGUGGGCCAGUGGUGCAAGGAGAUAUUUUUACAAUUUUAUGUAGGUUCCGUAAACAUAGCUAUGUGAUUUCUGCCAACGUAGAAAAGAUGUACCGGCAGAUGGCUAUUGCAAAGGAAGACUGCGAUAUGCAAAGGAUACUAUGGAGAUCCACACCUAGUGAACAACUCGAGCUGUAUCGCCUUCUAACGAUCACCUAUGGAACAACACUAGCUUCGUUCAUAGCUACACAGUGUUUAGCUGUGUUAGCCGAUCAAAAUAAGUCAGCAUUUCCAGACGCUUCCAAGGCUAUCAAAAACGAUUUUUAUAUGGAUGACUUAAUGACCGGUUGUGAGUCGGAAGAAGAAUGUUUACUAUUGCAACAACAAAUUUCUUUUAUAACUAAUUCUGCGGGUUUACCCCUACGUAUAUGGUGCUCAAAUUCUAGCGCUAUACGACCUCGAUUGUCGGGAGUUAGCGAAGAUCCUCUGUUCAUGCAACUAACAUAA